AUGGCCCUCUAUGAGGCAUUGUAUGGCCGAAAGCGCAGAUCUCUUAUGUGUUGGGAAGAGGUUAGCGAACGGAAGUUAGCAAGACUAGAGUUAGUUCAUAUCACUUCAGAAAAAAUUUCUAUUAUCUGCAAGCGGCUGAAGACAGCUUUCAAUAGGCAAAAAAGUUAUGCGAGCCCGAAGUGGAAGCACGUGGAUUUCAGUGUUGGGGAAUAUGUGUUUUUGAAGGUGUCCCCUAUGCGUGGUGUGAUAUGUUUUGGCAAGAAAGGCAAAUUUCCCCUCGAUAUUGUGAGACCCUUUGAGAUUAUAAACAAGAUUGGAGAGGUGGCAUAUAAACUGGACUUGCUGCCAAAUUUCUUGCAUGUGCAUCAAGUAUUUCAUAAAUCAAUGUUAAGGAAGUAUAUUUCAGACUCUUCACAUGUGUUGCAACCUCAAUAUGUGGAAGUAAGUGAAUAUUUGACUUAUAAGGAGCAGCCGGUUAGGCUUGUGGAUACGCAAGUUCACCAACUGCAUUUUAAGAUUAUAUCGAUGGUUAAAGUGUUGUGGCGGAACCAUUCGUCAGAAGAGUGUACCUGGGAAACUAAACAAGAAAUGAGGAGUGUUUACCCUCGUUUGUUCCAGUCCUGA